AGGGACAAAGUGAAGGCGAGGGAGAGAGAGGCCUCUUAAAAAGCCAAGUCCUGUCACUUUGGGCAGAAUUUGUGAGCAGCGGGACCGAGCCUUGGGUCAGAAACCGGAGCCCGAUGAGCCAAUGACUGUCUCCAUAAUUCUCCUCAAUGGUGCAUGGCAGGCUGCUGAAGGUAUCCGUUCCUGCAGAGUUACAGUCCCAGUUGUGUCCUGUGAGCAUGUGUGUGACAACAAAGCAGACAUGUGGACAAAAGGCUGAGGCUCCGGGCUCCUAACUUCUCUCUGCACGGGUCACUUAUUGCAAUCGCUGCGGAAAAGAUGACAUCGGCCACGCCGCCGUCUUCGCGCAGCCCCUCCCCACACAAGGUUUGCCACUCCCAGACGCAGACGGACGUCCUGAAGCCCUUACUGGGCGGCGGCCUGUCCGGAGGCGCUGGGAUCCUGAGGAAGAGAAGGCGAGUGCUCUCCAAAGAUGGACGCAGCAACGUGCGCAUCGAGCACGUCAGCGGCCGCAGCGCUCUCUACAUGCGCGACCUCUGGACGACCUUUCUGGAGAUGCAGUGGCGCUACAAGUUCUUUCUGUUCACAGCCACCUUUGCGGGGACCUGGUUUCUAUUCGGUGUCUUGUGGUACCUGGUGGCCCUGGUGCACGGAGACCUGCUGGAGUUCAACCCUCCAUCCAAUCACACGCCCUGUGUGAUGCAGAUGCAGAGCCUGACAGGGGCCUUCCUCUUCUCCCUGGAGUCCCAGACCACCAUCGGCUAUGGUUUUCGCUGCAUCACGGAGGAAUGUCCGGUGGCCAUCGUGCUCCUCAUAGUGCAGCUGGUCAUCACCAUGCUGAUGGAGAUCUUCAUCACCGGCACCUUUCUGGCCAAGGUUGCUCGACCCAAGAAGCGAGGCGAGACGGUGAAGUUCAGUCAGCACGCAGUGGUGUCGAUCCACGAAGGCCGACCGUGUCUGAUGAUCCGAGUGGCCAACAUGCGCAAGAGCCUCCUGCUCGGGUGCCAGGUCACAGGAAAACUCCUGCAGACGUCUCUGACCAAGGAAGGCGAGACCGUCCGUCUGGACCAGAGGAACGUUCCCUUCCAGGUGGACAUGUCCAGCGACAGCCCCUUCCUCAUCCUUCCUCUCACCUUCUACCACGUCAUCGACGAAAGCAGCCCGCUGCAGGCGUGGGCAGCUAAGGGUGGGGGUUGGACAGAUCCAGAACUGGCCGACUUUGAACUGCUGGUGAUCAUGAGCGCUACGGUGGAGCCGACCUCCGCCACCUGCCAGGUCCGCACGUCGUACCUGCCGGAUGAGAUUCUCUGGGGCUACGAGUUCCCGCCUGUAGUCUCCCUUUCCCCCUCAGGGAAAUAUGUAGCAGACUUUGCCUUCUUCGACAAAGUGGCCAAGACCAGGACCACCCCCAUCUUCAAGCCGUCCAGUCCUCAGAACGGGUACCAGAGCAAUGGGGGCGGGACUGUGUCGGAAGGGACGGACCCAGAGAAGAUCCGUCUGGAGCAGAGCUACAGGGAGAGAGGGGAGGACCGUGGCCGGGCCAGAGACAAUCCUCUGAGUGUUCGCAUCAGCAACGUGUGAACAGAUGGACCGGUUCAGAAGUGUGACUGUGGGGAUGGAGAUCAGCUGUUAGCCUUUAUUCAAGUUUAACACACAGUUGUUUGAGGUCUGGAUGCUCGAAGGAGGACAUAAUACACUACUUCACUGCAUGUGUCCGUCUUUGUGUCUGUCAGCCUCAAAUAGUAACAGGUUUAUUUAUGCAGAAAUAUGUCAAAGCUAAAAAACUAAACGAAUCAGACAAAGGAAGAUGGAAACCUUGGUGGGCUCAUUUGAAUUCCCCCAGAGAAUGAUACGUAAAUGACAGAAAGACACACAGUCACACAGGUUGAUAUUUUCCACCUCACAGGGAGUGUGGUGGUAACGUUGGUGAGAUUAGGUGAACAGGAAACACUCACGCACAGGAGUUCAUGUUGUCACAUAUGUGUUUGAGACUGUGUUUUACUGUUUUACACAUUUAUUUAUAAAGGUUACAUGAGGUUGUUCUGCACCCGUUACCUUAAAAAACACUGAUGAGCAAUGGCAACACAGUUUCUUCUCAGCUGAUAAAACUGUCCACUUCCUCUUAACACUAUUCCCGUUAAAGAAAAGAGAAGACAAACUGCUGUAAUCAUAGCAAUAACGUAGCUCUGUAGCUAGGAUUCAGAUGAACACUCUGUAAACUGCACCUGUUGAUAGCUUGAUUGUCUUUAAUGAAUGAGUGUUAAUGCUGUUACAAACCUACAGCACUUUAUGUAACUGCACAAUGCAAAUUUGCACCUUAGGUGGUUAGUGACCUGUUUAUGGAGUUAUAUAGGGAUGUUUUUAAUACUAAAGCAAGUUCAUGCAGAUUAUAAUUUGAAUUGAAGCAUUUAGAAGAAACUGUUAUGUUUCUGCAACGUUA